CGUGGUGGCGUGGUCCGGCGCCAUCCGGUCGGCUGUCCCGGUGCUCCCCGCCUCUCCCCGCACGAAACCGACAACGGCGGCGUCCUCCCCUCCCGCGGAGCAGCCGGGGCCGGCUCGACGGCCUCCCCCGGCGUACAACCCUACUCCUCUCGGGUCCAGCCCUCCGGCUCCACCCGGCCCUUCUCAUCCCGACCUAGGGUUUGUGCGACCCCGCGAGCUCUGUCCCGGCUUCACCCAGUCGCGGGCAUACCGACCGCCUCCCCGAGCCGUUCGAGCACAGACCUCCUCGCAGAGGCACCGUUGCCGCCGCCCCCGCCGCCGCCAAGCACGAGGUGAGGUCAGCGUAUCUGGCGCCCUACAUUCCGGUCCUAGGCUGUUUGUAGCUAAAUACAAGGAAUUGGUGCAAUAUCAGGUCAUGGAGGGGAGCAAGAACAUGGAAGAGUCAGACACUGCAUCUGUUGUCAAAGUAUACAGGGAGCCUGCCAUCAUUAUCAAUGGUGUCCCAGACUUGCCUCCUGAUUUCGCAUCUGGUUCACAACCUUCAGUAAGAGAUGCUCCAGGAUCUCGAGUUGAUCAUCGUUUUGGUGAAUGGCUAGAAGGGCGGAAAGUGAGAAAGCAGUUUGGAGACAAGUGUUUUGCAGGGAAAGUUGUCAAGUAUGACAGUGAAAGCAAUUGGUACAGUGUUGUGUAUGAUGAUGGAGACCAGGAAGAUCUUGAAUGGCUUGAACUGGAGGAGAUCCUGCUACCAUUGGACAUAACCAUUCCACUCAGAACACUGGUUAUGGACAAAUUCAAACAUCAGAAUCCUGACUACAGACUUAAGGUAGCUAGAUCAUCGCAAGGAACUAAUGUUGCUAGCAACCAGAUGGUGGUUAGAGCAGUAAAUGGCCAACAAUCAAAGAACCCACCACUACCAGGGUUGCUUCAGCCGUCCCCAUCAAAUGCAGAGACUGUCAGGGCAGAAAAACUGAAGAUGCAGAGCUCCAAAAGAAAAACUGAAGAUGUAUGUGUGAAACCUAGUGAUCAGCCUAAAAAAAGGGGCAGGCCUCGAAAGGAUAGAGCUAUAUCAGGUGACACUCAACCUAAAAAAAGGGGCAGGCCUCGAAAGGAUAGAGCUAUAUCAGGUGACACUCAACCUAAAAAAAGGGGCAGGCCUCGAAAGGAUAGAGCUAUAUCAGGUGACACUCAACCUAAAAAAAGAGGCAGACCUCCAAAAGAAAAGAACAUAUCUGAGAGUAGUGUUCAUAAGCGCAAUGCAGAGACUGUCAGGGCAGAAAAACUGAAGAGAGAAAGCUUGCGUGUUCAAGGGGCAUAACCUAACAAUCAAUCUCACUGUUACAAUACAAUCAAUCUCACUGUUACAAUACAGAUAUGUCUAAGUAUUCCAGUCUAUGCAUGCUGGUGACACUAGCUUUCAAUGUACUUUGUACAACCCAGCGUACAACAAAACUUGUAAAGCUAUAUUUACUAUUCGAGUGCUAUCAUAUUUCUUUUCCUAUACAAGUAUAUCUGCAAACUGUUUGAAA